GCACUGAUGCUGCGUGUGUGUGCUAUUGCCCUCCACACACAUAUCACAUGAGGGGCAAAAGAGUUUUUUUAGAUGUCAUUUAGGCUCAAAAUAAACAGAAAUGCCAUAUAAGGAAUAAAAUUUAGAACUCGUGUUCAAAUAGGGAAGAAUUUUUUUUCUGUGUCAAAUAAGAAAGCAGAUUUUAAGAUAAUGUCAAAUAAGGAAUUUUCUCAUGUUGAUACUCCGUUGCAAUCGCAUGGGCAAUUGGCAGUCAAUGUAUAAAAUGCAAAAGAAGGAAGCACGGAAGACCUGCCGCCGCUGAGCCUCAGGAAACAUUCACCAUCUCAAACUCCCAACUCACCCGUACUACACCAGGCAAUGCCCUGCUCCUCGUCAUCUGUAUUUCUUUCGUUUCUCCAGGGUGAAAUUCACCAUCUUGUGUUUCUUAAUUGGGCGAAUCAGAUCUACGAGUGGAACGCAGGAUGCCACCGUCGAGAUCUAGGAAGCGCCCUUCGGGGCCGCAGCCCACCACCGCGCUCGCAAAGAAGCGGCACUGCCCCGCGGCGGUGGCCUCGGACGAUGUCGCCGGCGCGGCAGCACCCUCGUCGCCGUCCUCCUACUCCCCCUCCUGGGCGUCGCUUCCAGGGGACAUGGUUCGACAGAUAGCGUGGCGCGUGCUGGCCGGCGAUUUUCUGGAUUACGUCCGCUUCCGCGCCGUUUGCACCAGUUGGCGGUCCGGCGCCGUGUGCCCGCGCGGCCGCGGCGUCGCCGAUCCACGCUUCCACCCGCGCCGCUGGAUGAUGCUGCCGGAGGGCAACGGCCUCUACCCCGGCCACCGGAAGCUGGGUGGCCACAUCCGCUUCUUCAACCUCGACACCGGAGCCCUCGUCCGUGUCGAGCUCCCCCUGUUCAAGAACCACUGUGCUCUGGAAUCGGUCGACGGCCUCCUGCUCCUCCAGAGAGACCAAGACACCGCCGUCCGCCUCCUCCACCCUUUCACUCGCGACAUUGUUGAGCUCCCACCGCUUGCCACCCUCCUCACGCAGCUGGGCGACGAUCUCCGCAGCGCACACACCGACCCCGAGCUGCGGAAAUGGUACUAUAUCAGAUACUGCGUGUGUGCCUCCGUUUCCUGCAGCGGUGGAUCCGUCGUCGUCAUGCUCGCGUUCCGUCGUCUGAUGCGUGUAGCCUUUGCGACCUCCGACUCCCAAGACCAGCAAUGGACCAUGCCAAGCUGGGAAGUCCCAUUUAACAUUGCGCCCUUGGCAUUCCAAGGCAAGCUAUACUUUGUGCACCAUCCUGCAACUAAUGGCUCGCUGGUUUUCCAGAUCGACCCGCCCCUGCCGGUUGGUUCGCCGCCACGGCCGCCAAAGCUGAUUGCCACAUGUCCGGCAGAUAAACUCUACAGGGGCUCCCAUCUGGUAGAAUGCAACUCACAGAUCCUGCUUGUUGGCCAUGGCGACAUUUCCUUAAAGCACAUUGUGAUUUACAAACUCGAGGACCUUAUCUUGGAAAGGUUUAUCCCGCUGACAAGCAUUGGAGACCGCGCCCUCUUUCUCCAAGGGAAGUGCCUGAGUGUCUCCUCCACGGCGCUGCCCACUGUCAUGUCUGAAACUGUUGUCUAUACCCAUCCGAUGUACUAUCAUUAUGCACAAUACCACCUCAGGACCGGUGCUUGGUCUCAACCAAUCGACACCUGCGGUCUAGAUGGCUUUAACCCGGGUCCUCGUAGCCUCAUCCACCAUGUCAUUACUUGCUGCAUUCGCAAUGUCUGGAACAAAGGGCUAUUAUAUUCGAAAAGGCUAGAAAAUAGGCUUCCAACGCUUCUUUGGAAGGUGAAGAGAAAGCUUCGUUAUUGGGUAAAUUUUACUCGCAUAUAAUCCUUUCUUUUUGUACUAGCAACUCAAAGUGAUUAAUAUAUUUAUACUUACCACCUUUAGUUUUAUUAUCCUAACAAAUAAGCAACCAACCAUCGAUCUAACUUGGACAGAUGCUCAGUCCUCACAAUAAUAUGUGCUCUUGAUCAACACCCAACUCACAGAAACUCAGCCGUCAGAAAUUUAGAAUCCUCCUAAUCCACAAGCACUUUGAUAAGGUGUUCUUGUGGUACCCGCAAUCCCCUCAUUUCUAUUGAACUAACUUUGAGAUUUGCCCACCUCUUUUUUGUUGUUCUACACGAUCAAUCAGCCAAAUAAUUAGGGGGAAUCGAUUGAUUGUUCUUGGCCACCUCAACCUGGUAUGCUUAUAUAGUGGAUGCUUAGGCCCUUGACCUUUCUAAUACACUUGGAUUCCUGGUAUCCCACAGCAACAUGUGAAAUGUUAUUGUGGUCUUUCGUAAUUUAUCAUUUUGUCUUAUUUUUGGCACACCUAUUGAUCACCGAAUGCUCUCAGGAUUUGUGCCAGGAUAACUUGUCUAAGAACCAUGGGGUGCGCUUGGUUUGAGCCCAAUCAAACCCCACCAAAACAUUGGCUAGCAAAUAUUUUUGCGUAUGUUUUGAUUGACCAUGUUUUGGUCAAUUGCCCAGAAUAAUGGGCUGGAGUUGGUUGGUGGGAGCAUGGACAUGCUAAAAUAUUAGGAACCAUCAAAGCAAGAACAAAAAUAAUUGGCCAUGAACAAAAAUUGGUAUGGUUGGUUUUGAUCAUCACUAUCCAAACACAACACUAACAAGGUAAAGAUUAUGUUGGGCAAAAUAAAUACGAUAAAUGAUUAUCCAGUAAGAAACAUGCUAAAGGAUUGUGCUAGAGGAAGGAAAUAAGGCAAGUCAUUAUGCUAGAAAAAUCAUAGUGAAGGAUUCAGCAGCUGACUGAUAUUUGUUAUUUAGAUGCCCCAUACUUAUUUCUGGUUUUAGAUUUGAUCAUAUUGGUGUAAUUGGUUUCAUCACUUAUGUUACAUCUCCUUUUGUACUUGUGCUCCU